AUGCCUCCUCAUCUACAUCCUCGAUCAACAGCAACGUCAACUCUUUUCGCAGGCACAUUACUCGCCUCCUUUAUCGUCGUCGGCAUUCCACACAUUUUCCCAUGUCCCAGACCACGGACCGGCUACGCGGAUGCAGAAAUCCAGAUAGACGAGGACGGUAGACCAAUUCGACGAAAACUCCGGCAGAGUCCGAGAGAGACCUCCUCGUCGAUUUCGGCACGAGACCAAGAGUCCACAGGUCUGGCGGAGGUGUUGACGAGAAACGCAGCCACCCGCCGUAGGGGUCUCGCACAAUCCAAGGAUCUUGAGGAAGAAGCCGCCUUGUUCCGGGAUUUGCAGCGUGAAGCAGAGGCUCUGGAAAUGGAGGCGAGAGAAUGUCCUGUUCCGAAACCGAAAGGUGUCAUUGGACGGCUGCUGGGGUUUGAGGACAAGAGACUAGUCCCAGAGGCUGAUGGAAAGAGCUAG